GCUGAACCGUUUCUUCGCUGUGCUGCUGCUGCGGCUGGUGACAUGGUCCCCCGAACGAGAAUGGCCACGCCUGCAGCCGACGACGAUCCAUCGGUGACACUCACGAACUGCUUUCCCAGCGUAAUACUCAGUUAUGUCACCAUCACGUACACCUGCGAGGUUAGCAAUGCCCAAACGCUGAUUGAUUUGGACCUCUCCGCCUCGUACUACACCUCAGUCCUCAUUCCUGGAUGGCCAGCGACUCUGGACGAGAAAACUAAUGCCAUUACGUUCCUGCCUAUUACUGGGGCGACUUCAGGACGUUGGGAUUUGGUCGUUACAGGGCGUCCUGACAUUUCAAGCACUGCCAUUCCUCGGACGAGCAAUAAAAGCAUGGACUUCAUGCUGAUUGGAGAGACCAAUGCGGAUUUUGCUACACUCCAUCCGUAUUACGGUAUGGUCGUCUCGUGGGCACCCAAUCUCCCGAGUGGCACCAUGGCUUCCGACUACAUGCUG